AUGAGCAGAAAUAAGGGCUACCUAAAAGCCUUGGAGAAUUAUGUAGCCCAGCUAGAAAAUUCACUGAUUAGAAUGAAGGAAACGAAUAGCGAGGAUAGCCGGCAAAUUAUACUAGACUCGCUCCCCCUAGGUAGUUUGCUAGACUUAAAUGCCCCACAAGAAGAUCAGACAUCAGUGCCAUCGAUUGUGAACUCCGCAAAAGAUCAAAUCCCACAGUUUUAUGAUAAUCUGGCCAUCCCAGGUAAUGCUGCACCUUCUGAUGGUCCGUUGUCCGUUAUAAAAACCCGUCUUGCUUCGGAAAAUAAUAAGAAAUACUCAACUGUUCCAGAGGGUCGCAAUACUCUAUCCAGAAGCCCCUAUAUUAUCUUGUCUCUUUCUUUAUUCUUUAGAUGGUUGUACCCAGGUCAUUAUUUUUUUGUCUACAGAGAAGCGCUUCUUUCCGCAUUUUUUCAGGACAGAAAUUCAAAGAGUUAUUACUGUUCAGAGGAAUUGAUAUACGCCGUUGCCGCCCUAGGUUCCAAGAUAACUAAUAAAUCCGACGAGCUAUAUCUAAAAUCUUUCAAAUAUUAUAGUCUUUCAAGGGAGAUAAUUUUGAGAAAAAUUUUCCAGGCCAAAGAUUGUUCAUUUGAAAAAGAGGGAUCCUCUUCGCCGAAGUUGGCCCUGAUUCAAAGUUUACUGUGUCUCGCAUUCUAUGAUAUAGGAAGAGGAGAGAACUCUUCGGCGUGGUAUUUUUCAGGAUUAGCGUUCAGAAUUGUUCAUGAGAUUGGCUUACAGCUAAAUCCUGCUGCUUUAAAUGGUAUCAGCGGUGAGGAAUUGACGCAGAUGGAUAUUGAAGUUCGAGUAAGAAUUUAUUGGGGCUGCUAUUUGGUGGAUCACUUUAUUGCUGAAUUAUAUGGUAGGUCAACUGUUUUAACAUUGUCAAAUUCUGCUAUUCCAGAGACAGAUGAGUUGCCAAAUAUUAAGGCAGGUUUUGAGGACUACAUGUAUUCUGAUCCGGAUAAACCCUUACUUGUGGCCGCUCCAAUCAAAUGCUUAAUUUUGCUAUCGAGAAUUACUGAGUUAUAUAAAAAUGAGAAUACUCAACUGAAAACAACAUCGGAGAGGAUUGGCGCCCUUUCUGGGUUCAACAUAGAUUUACAGAAGUGGAGAUCCAGCUUACCAAAGGAACUGACAUGGUCAAAUGAAACAUUGGCCGAAGAAAAAGAUUUCGAUCCUACCAUUUCUUUUGUAUGGUACCAUUACUACAUGAUACUACUUUCUUAUAAUAAGACCUUUAUUUUGGAUUCCAAGGAAAACACGUCAAUUAUUGAGGAGGCAAUUCAAGAUUUAUUUUACCUACUGAGAGAUUGGAUAAUCAAAUAUCAUACAUUUGAAAAAUGUAGUAUCCAGAUGGUUACUACCGCUGUUUUAGCUCUGCAAUGUAUGAAUAGUAAAAAUAUCAGUUGCAUCUAUUAUAACGAUUUUACAAACUUUUUGAAAUCACCUACCAUAAAUUAUGAUUUUUUGUCCGAACUUUUUGAAAACGAAAUCACUUCCGAAUCGCUCUACCCACUUAGUCUUUCAGAUGGUGCCAAUUUCCUGGCAGAUGAAUUUCCCGAUUUGUCGUUGUUGAGCGAAAUGGAUGCAUUGAUAAAUAAUCAAGUAUAUAAGCUAUAA